AUGUGUGAACAUCCCGACGAGGAAGGGUCCCACAUUGAUGACUCCCAGGAGACGGGCAAAAGCAGUCACAAGAGAAAUCUCAGCAACGGGACCCCCAACGGCUCACCACUGAGGACAUCCAAGCGACAGAAAUCAACCAAAAACCUCAAGGAGCUGUCCUCCGACGAGUCUGAAGCGGAAGAAGAUCCAAAAGCGGCUCCCACCAACGCCAAACAGGGCAAGAAAGCUGCCUCUAAGGCCACUUCAAAGGCUGCCAAGGCCGUCAAAGGUGACCCCGACGAGGCUGAAGCUAAAGAGAACAAGGUCCCGAGGAGAGCCAGAAAGACCAAAGAAGAAAAGGAAGCUGAAUCGAUGCCGUUGGCUGCACGUACGAAGGGCCUACGAAUGUUCGUUGGUGCCCAUGUGAGUGCUGCGAAAGGUGUAUUCAACUCUAUACACAAUAGUGAACACAUCGGUGGUAACGCAAUUGCGCUUUUCCUCAAAUCUCAGCGCAAAUGGGACAAUCCACCCUGCAAGAUAACGUUCGGGACCAGUUCCAUAAAGCAUAUCCUCCCGCACGGCUCAUACCUUGUCAAUCUUGCCGUAAACGACAAAGCCAAAGCCAAGCAAGCCUAUGACUCCUUCCUCGACGACCUCCGUCGCUGCGAAGCCCUCGGCAUCAAGCUCUACAACUUCCACCCCUCCCCCGAGGCCCUCACCCGCCUCGCAGCGGCCUUAACCAAAGCCCUCGAAGAAACAAGCACUGUGAUCCCGGUCCUCGAGACAAUGUGCGGCCACGGAAACACAAUCGGCGGCUACUUCUCCGAAUUCAAGGAGAUCCUUGCCCGAAUCCCAGAGGUGCAUCAUUCCCGUAUCGGCAUCUGCAUCGACACAUGCCACAGCUUCGCGGCAGGCUACGAUCUCGUCUCACCCGACGGCUUCAAGGCAUUCUUGUCUGAAUUCGACGAGGUGAUCGGUCUGAAGUACCUUCGCGCGCUGCACCUGAAUGACUCCAAGACGCCGUUCGGGAGCAAGCGGGAUCUCCACGCGAACAUCGGCACAGGUUUCCUGGGUCUGCGGGCGUUUCAUAAUGUGAUGAAUGAGCCGCGGUUCGAGGAUAUGCCUAUGGUUUUGGAGACACCGAUCGAUGAGGGAAAGACGGGCGAGGAUUUUGGGGUCUGGGCGCGGGAGAUUAAGCUGCUGGAGUCGUUGAUUGGAAUGGAUGCCGAGGGCGAGGAGUUCAAGGCGCUGGAGGCGAAGCUUUCGGCUGAGGGGAAGGAGACGAGGAAAAAGCAGCAGGCACUGUUUGAUAAGAAGGUUGAGAUGGAGAAGAAAAGGAGGCAAAAACUGGCAAAGGAAAAGGGCAGAAGAGCUUAUUGGAUAUGA